AUGGCUGCAAGAAUUAAAGUUGCUGCUAUACAGCUAUAUUCAGAGCCCCUAGCACCAGCAAACAACUUUGCCCGCGCAGAAGCAUACAUCCGCGAUGCCGCCUCCCAGGGAGCCAACCUCGCCGUCCUCCCAGAGUACCACCUCGCAGGCUGGGUCCCCGACGCCGCCGAGUUCACCUCAACAGCAACCCAAUCAGCACCCUACCUAGAGAAAUACCGCGCCCUCGCCAAGGAACUCAACAUUACCAUCGUCCCAGGGACUCUUCUCGAGCCUGAAACCUCCUCCGGCAGCGGGCUAGCCAACGUCGCCUACUUCAUUGGCCCGGAUGGCGCCAUCCUCGGCCGCUAUCAAAAGAAGAACCUCUGGCACCCUGAGCGGCCGCACCUCGCGGCGGACAUUGAAACCCCGCACACGGCGUUCGACACGCCCUGGGGGAGAAUGGGCAUGCUGAUCUGCUGGGACGUCGCGUUUCCGGAGGCGUUCAAGGCGCUUGUGGCGGAUGGGGCGAGGAUGAUUGUCAGUCCGUCGUUUUGGCUGGCGGACGAUGGGGGCGAGGGGUCGGAUUUGAACCCGGAUUCUGAGAAGUUGUUUUUGGAUAAUGUUUGUGUUGCGAGGGCGUUUGAGAAUACGGCGGCGGUGGUGUAUGUGAAUGCCGGGGCGCCAAAGGGGAGCAAGGACGGCAAGGAUGGGAGGGGGAAUACGUUUUGUGGUGUGAGCCAGGUUACGUUGCCGAUUGUGGGAAGACUGGGUGGCGGGGAGUCGAUGGGACCGGCGGAGGAGAUGGGCGUUUUUGAGGUUGAUAUGGGAGUGUUGGAUAUGGCGGAGAGUGUGUAUAAGGUUAGGGGAGAUAUGGCGAGGGAGGGUUGGCACUAUGGCCCGUAUCGGUCUGCGUGA